AUGCCAUUCCUAGCUGAGGAGCACAUGAGCAUACCCGCCAAAGACAUAUUCUCAUGGUACUUCGACUCGCCACAAUUCGAUCAAGCCGAGCCACUAUACAUCGAUGCUCUGGACACUACAAGAUUCUGGACCGCGAACCAAUGUCGACAAGCAAUCCGUCAACUCUCUGCUGGCUUUCGCCAGCUGGGCUUGAAGACCGGCGAUUGCGUUUGCAUAUACGCCUUCAACUCAUUAGACUACCCGAUUCUGGCUAAUGGCAUCGUGGGCUUCGGAGGCGUCUACACUGGCUGUAAUCCAAGCUACACCGCUUACGAGCUCACACACCACUUACGAAGCUCACGCGCGGCCGUUGUGAUCGUUGAGCCAGAGCUAGUGGAGACGUGCUAUGAAGCUGCUGCGAAAGUCGGCCUACCGCGUGAGCGGAUCUUGCUGUUUGCGGAUCAAGACAGUCAUGGCUUGAAGAGCUGGCGUAGCUUGCUGGCUUGUGGUGAAGUUGAUUGGCCUAGAAUCAAUGAUCUCUCAACUGCGAAGAUGACUACUGCAGCUCUGUUGUAUAGUUCUGGAACGACUGGACUUCCCAAACCUGCCAUGCUCUCGCACCACAACUUGAUCGCACAGCAGUCAUUGUUCUGGGAGUGGAAGGCGCCCCCAUGGAAGAAGCGCCGACUGGUCGCACUACCCAUGUUCCACGCCGCCACGGCUCCGCUCAUUCACUUUGGCCCUCUGCGAUCUGGCGACAAGAUCUUCAUCUUGCGACGCUUCGAGAUCGAAAGCUUCCUGCGAAGUAUCGAGCUGCAUCAGAUCAACAUUGGUGCUUUCGUCCCACCGAUGGUCCAUAUGAUAAUGAGCUCUCCCUGGUCCAAGAAGUAUAGCAUGAAGUCGAUACGGCAGGCGCAUGCCGGCGCUGCACCGCUUGAUGCGGGUAGUCAAAGGCGGUUCAGGAGCUUGCUCGCGCCUGAGGCAUCUUUGACGCAGGCCUGGGGCAUGACUGAGACGAGUUGCACGUGUAGUGCUUUGCCUUUCGAAUAUGGGGACGAGCCGAGCGGAUCCGUUGGUCAAAUGCUACCGGGUAUGGACGUCAAGCUGGUUGACGAUGAUGACAAAGAUGUGACGGCGUUCGAUGUGCGAGGAGAGAUUUGCGUGCGCGGACCUUUGGUGGUACAAGGAUACUACUUGAACUCCGACGCAAACAAGCGUGACUGGGACGCUGAAGGAUACUUCCAUACCGGUGACAUUGCUUAUCGAGACUCCAAGAGCAAGCUGUGGUAUAUCGUUGAUCGAAAGAAAGAACUGAUCAAAGUGCGUGGCUUCCAAGUGUCGCCCAGCGAGAUUGAGGGCGCAUUGCUGGAACAUCCCGACAUCAUCGAUGCUGCUGUGAUUGGUGUGCCAGCUCGAAAGCUCUCAGAUGGAGAACAGCCGAGAGCGUACGUGACUUUGCGCCAAGGGUCAUCACUGACCGCAGACGGGAUUCGUGAGGUGGUCCGUACGCAGCUGGCGCACUACAAACAAUGUGCUGGGGGCGUGAUCGUCGGAGCGGAGAUCCCAAAGAGCCCGAGUGGCAAGAUUCUGAAGCGGUUGCUUGUGAAAAGGGCAGCAGAGGAGAUGGCUCAUGAAAACCAAGGACCCCGACUUUAG